AUGUCUAUCUCUACGGACGAGCUUCGAAGCCAGUGGGCCAACCCAAGUGACAUUCUCAGCCUUCUCCUCCUUAUCGGUAGCGAUAUUGUGCAAAAAGCCAUCGCUCAACUCGUCGGGCACAGGAUUCACCUUUAUGGAGAUAAAAGAAAUCGAGGUUUUUCAAUCGCCCCCGUUGCUUUUUCUUUCGGGUGGGCAGCUUAUGGGUUCUCCAACCUCCUCUCAGCUAUCGGGGAUAUGAGGCUGAUGCCGACGAGCGAUUGUCCUUCCUUUCUCGUAACCUGUUCUAACGGGUUUGUUAGGGAGAACCAGUCUUGGGUAUUAGGCCGUCUUCUUCGGGAUCAUGAAAUUAAGUAUCCCGUCGACCCACGACCGGAAGAUGAAGGUGGUCGAGCUGAGUCUAUUCGAAUCGACGUCUUUAACCUGCUUCCUGUCUCGCGCCCUACUUGCGACUUCGUGUGGUGGCUUGGAUGGGUAGUAUUACUUGCGCAAGUCGGUAUUGCUAUUGUACCCUGGGUCUUAUAUGAUGACUGGGGAAUUUUCGCAAUUACUCUAUGUGGAAAUUUAUUCGUUGCUGCUACCUGUGCUCUGCCGCAGUGGACGCAAGAGAAAUGGGCUGGCCGCCGGUUAAAGCGUGACAAGGUAACAUGUCUAACACGUGGUAACGGGCAUUUCCAUAUCAUGGUCUUCAUCGGUACUCGAGGCUCCUGGGAUCUGGAAUCUCUUGCAAGUAGCGUACCUGUUCCGCGACCGGAGACUCGAUGGCUAUCCCUACUCCUCGCCAUAUUGUGGACCUGUUUGCUUAUUAGUAUAUCGGGGUUUAAAGAACACACCUGGUUUCUUGUCGGGAUUGGAAGCAUCGGUAUGCUGCAAAACGUCUUCGCGGCGGGAACACCCCGAGAGCCAGGAGCUUCCGAUUUUCAUAUCACUAGAUUCUCCCGUGUGUCGACAAUCAUAGGGAGACGUAAGGACUACAGAGAUGACAUGGAUUGUAAGGUUGAUAUGGAAGAGGCCCUUGAGGAACUUGCCGACAUUGCUUCAUGGGCGUCAGAGAAGCCGCCACUAGUACUACAAAGUGAUAAUUCUCUUCCAAACGAAGCCGCUCCAAUGCCACGAUGGCUAGUCACGAUGUCUAAGUCCGAUGGUGUUCCUAGUUGGCUGGAACCCCUGAAACCAGUCUCUUUGACCAAUCAUACUCCAUCCAUAUGCCGUUUGAUACCAAGAAUAUGGCGACAGCACGUUACCGAUAUUGACAAGCAGGAUGAAGUGGUAUACGCUAUUGGGGUUCACGGUGCCCUGAUCGAGCUUGAGAAAUGGGUGCCGACAGCCGGGCUUGCGAUGGCUCAGACAUUCUUCCCGGCAGGCCUCCAGUACAAUGAUGCGGCCAUACGAGAUAACAAACAUAAAAAGUUCUGGCAGAGAGCAUAUCAUACCAAAUCAAUCAGAGAUCGAGCAGCAGUAAAAAGGAGGGCCGAAGAGGUGGCUCCAACUCCGAUGGGUUUCUAA